GAAAUCCCGAGCAUGCUCGGUUACCCAGCAAGAAACACGCCAUAUUGACUGUCUGAAAAUUUGGAAGGCCGUAAAAUCCAUUAACAUCCUCCAAAAAGAGAGGAAAAAUGGACUCGCAAUACGGCAUAGCAGUUACAAAUAAGUUUGAUCUCUUCGGAGAUGAUGUUUCUGAUCCCUUAGAGUUCCUGAAAGAGCAAGAGGAGUUAAAGAAGAAGCAGGAACUCACGAAGGAAAAGGACAAGGGAAAGCAAGGAAAGGAUAAGAAGGCAAAGAAGCAAAAUGCUUCUCAGUCAGACAAUAAAUCCACAGAGCAAUCUGUCCAAAAGAAAGAAGACAAACCUAAUGCACAGUCCCGUCCCCCUCGCAGUGCCCGACAGAAUAGGGAACCAAGGGAGAUGAAGGAUGACAAUGACUCCAGGCCCCCUAGAAGGAGGGAGGAGAAUUCUCAGAAUGAGUUCAGAGAGAGGACGGAGGGCAGUGGUGGAAAUUUCAACCGACCUGAGAGUGGAAGGUUUGGUAAUCGAGGUCGUGGACGAGGUAGGGGUGAAGGUCGUGGUGCCAGAGGAGGCAGGGGGCGUGGUGGAUUCGACAGGGGCCCAAAGAGGGACUUCGAACGACAUAGUGGAAGUGAUAAAACCAGUGGUGUGAAGCCGACAGAAAAGAGAGAUGGCAGUGGUUCUCAUAACUGGGGAUCAUUCAAGGAUGAUUUGCAGGAGGAGAUUAAGGAAGCCGAAACGGAACAGAAGGAGUGGAAUCCAUCUGAAGAUGCCGAGAACCAGGACCCCAAUGAAAGCACGGAAUCAACUGAACAACCUGUUGAAGAAGGACCCAAACAAAUGACCCUUGACGAGUGGAAGGCUCAACAGGAGAAAAAUCGACUUAAAAACCAAUUUAACAUCCGGAAACCAGGAGAAGGAGACACAUCAACAAGCCAAUGGAAAAAGGGAACUGCCUACAGGAAGAAACUAGAGGAGGAAAAUGAGGAAUCCGACGAAGAAGAGGAAUACGAAGAGGAUGAAGAGGCUGUCAGACAAAAGAACUUGGUGAAUAAGUUUAAAUUUGUAUUCAAUACGGAGACCAGAAGAGGAGGGAGAGGAAGAGGCCCCAGAGAGAGAAGAGGUGGGGGAAGAGGUGGGGGCGGACGUGGAGGAAGAGGUGGCCGGGGGUCUAGGGAAUCCGCACCUAAGUUCGAUGAUGAAAAUGACUUUCCCAGUCUCGUGAAGACUGAGGCAUAAAGCCCAGCACUGCUGCUUACAAUAUUUUCCCCCAAGUACAAUACAGUUUCAUACUGAAUGUUAGGAACUUGCUUAAAGAAGCCAAACACUGGAGUGAUGUUUCUUGCAAGACACAACUCAAUGUGAAUCCAUCUUUUCAUUAUAUUUUGUUUCUUGUACAUUUGUUUUGUCCACUUCUUUGUGGAUGUUUGUUCUGCUUGGCAACCAGCCAAGAUCUCAACAAAAA